UUCCUCUGCAGACUGAACUCUUCCUCUCUGCUGACGCUGUGAACAACACAGUGACACAGACUGAAGGUUCUCUCAUCGGAACACGUUUAUGAUGAUUUAUUUGAGAUGUUAGUUGGUAGUUAAAGUGAUGCUGACUGACUGACGGUACAAAGCGGACCCCCCCCCCCCCCCCCCCCCCCCCCCCCAUCCUGAUGGAGACUUUCUUCUUUUUAAGCCAUAAUGAUAUCUGUUUAGACUCGUAGCCUUUAGUUAACAUUUCCACUAAUUUUCAGGGAUUAAUUGAGUGUUUAUAGAUCAUAUUGAAGGGGUGUCUGGUUUGUUGUUGUUUGUUGUUGUUUGUUGUCACCUCAUCCACGUGGAUCAGGUCAGUGGGUGAAGUUUGGCUCUCUCUCUCUGCAGAGGGGGUUUUGUUAAAGAGACCCCAACAAAGACUUGAAGAAGCUGUUGCACCUUCACAGUUUCUUUCUAAAGAAAUAAACACUUUGAGGAGUGAACGCCGGUUAACAUGGCCGGUGACUGCGCACACACCACCGCGCAUUACGCCUUCACUCCGGCCAAAGCCUCCUGCUGGUCGGAUGAAGCCGGAGAGAUGGAGGCAGCAGCCGGGAACUCUUCUGCAGGGCGUGGACCCCCUGCACGGUGGUCCUCCAACUUUGAGAUGAUAGAAGGCUUGCUAUACCGCAAAAAACUGGAAAAGGGUUUCAUCAACUACCGGGAGGUUCUGGAUGAGGACCGGAGACACGAGGCUCUCUCCACCUUCCACCGGAAGCGCCGGCCGAGCCAGCAUCACCUCUCCCUGGAGGAGACUUACAAAUGUGUGGCUGAGAACUACUGGUGGGAGGGGAUGUACUUCCAGAUCAGAGAUUUUGUCUUGGCCUGUCAAGAGUGUCAGAGGCAGCAAACCAAAAACACUGAGGAGCAGGGUGGUAGAAGAUGUGUCACUAAGACGAUGUCAUCGCACGGCACCGACAUGCUGAGCAAGCUGAGGAGUCAGCGGGAGGCGGGGCUCUUCUGUGACAUCACCCUGCGGACAAACGGGCGAUCCUACUCGGCCCACAGAGCCGUGCUGGCAGCCGUCAGCGAUCACUUCCAGGAAAUCUUCACAGACAUGGAUUCAGGCAUGAAAGCAGACAUAGAUCUCACCGGCUUCAGUGAGGACAGCCUUUUGUCUCUGCUGGACUUCUCCUACUCCUCCACUCUGUGCGUUCGCCAGGAGGACCUACCCGAGGUCAUCGCCAUGGCCCGCCACCUGGGCAUGUGGCCCGCCGUGGAGGCGUGCGCCGCUCUCAUGAAAGAGCGGGAACAGAAACCUCGACACGGCAAAGGAUUUCCCCUCGCCUGUCACCGCCAGCAGAGGGACAACAAGAAGAGAGGGCUUCUGGGACUCGGGGACACGAUGGACAAAAGUUUCAGUCUGACUCUGGACGCGUCCGACGAGUCUUUUGAUGGAAGUCCGAGGCGGAAUUUGCGAAGGACGCCAAAACGCCAAAGCCCCAACGGUCUCCCUCUGAGUCCCACACACAGGAUGAAGCUCAUGGACUUUAAAUCUCCCUCCUCCAAGAAAGCCACCACGCCCCGACACAACGCGUGCUCCCCGCAGUCUCACAACUACUCGCCCACCAAGUCGCCGCCGAACACCCGUCUGCUCCGCUCGACUCCCGGAGCCGCCGAGGAGGUUCAGCGGUUUCUCCCGAAGCCUGAGACGCCUCGACGGAACAAGAAACCACAUCCCAUCGGCCGGCUUUUGUGCCCCUCCUCCAGGACGAGGCAGGGCGCCGCAUGCAGCCCCGUGAGGGUGAAGCAAGAGGUGGAGGAGGUCGCAGUGGACGAGGAGGAUUACGCGAGGGCGCAGGAGAAAUACAAGCUGAUGAACGUCCUCGGGUUACAGAGGACCGCCCUCCUGCCCAGACCCGAAGAUCUGAUCGGCUGGAGGCAGAAGAAGCGACUGAGGAAGCUGAAGGCCAACAAUUACUCGCUCACGAAGAGGCGGAAACCUCGCUCCGCUUCACCGCCGGGACUGCCGUACGGGGACGUGACGCUGUCGCUUCCUCUCUGUAACCCGGUCAACACUCGCCUCCUCAGCAAGUCGGGGAAGCCCAAGCUAACGGGUCUCACCGCCGAUCACAUGACCACGAAGAGGCCUAAGGUCGUCUCCCGACACGUCCCGCCCAGUGACAGGAGCAUGCGGAGUAAAGGUGCGAUACCUGACAUGUUUCUGCCUGCAGCCAGGAGGCCGUGCGUUGGUGGGAGGGAGCUCAGACAGUCGGUGAGGAGGGGGGAAGGCGCCCACCCUCAGAAGCCUCCGCGACACAAAACCAACAAAACUGUGGUCAGGAUCAAGCAGGAGCCGGCCGACGACUUCUCCAUCUCAGGUUUUUCACUUCCAUCAAAUGGCAGCUGCGGUGUCGCACCUAAAAAGUCCCCGACCGCACAGAGGACGCAGGCGAGAAAUAAAGUCCCUGUGGAGACGGUGAGAGUGCUGCGGUACAACAGCGGGCGACCAGCGGCUAAGGCUAAGCUAAGGCGGGGCUUCAUGAAGGAGGUGGAGAAGAAGGUGGACGGUCCAGGACAGAGGGGGGUCGUGGAUACCAGACCCAGAACAAAGGUUGAUGACGAACCUUGCGGUCUCCAGUUUACAGAGCAGGCCCCUCCCCCUUCCAUCUACAACCACCCUCUUUACAAAGUCAUCAAAGAGGAGCCGGCAGACCCCGUGCCGGUGGGCGUGCCUUUCUCCGAUCCUCCCUCGCCAGAUCUGGGCAAAAGGCAGAGCAAGCCGCCCAUCAAGCUGCUGGACUCGGGCUUCCUGUUCAGCUUCUGUCGGCCCGCGGGGGGCGCCAUGGCCGUGCUGAAGAAAGAGGAGGAGAGCGUGGAUAUCUGCUUGACGCGGUCCGUGUCGCAAGUCAGGGAGAAAUUUGGAGCGACGCAGGAUUCUCCUCACAGGACGCUCAGAGCGAGAGCGCCCCCUCUGACUGUGGUGAAGAGAGAGAGGGAGGAGAGGAGUGUGAGUCAGAGCAAGGCGCAGAGACCGAGGCCCAACUCAAGAAACAACGCUCAUCACACGACUAAGGCGGUCCGCUCAAAGGCCAAACCCACCAAGCCAAAGCAACAAGCUCCGCCCCUCCCUCUGAGCAGCAGGAGCUACGUCAUGACGGAUGCUGUAAGUCGGGCCAGGCUAAAGCAGCUCCGCGGGCCUCGUAGUCAAGUCCCCAAACUCCCGAAGGCGGCCCACGCUUGUCUGCAGUGCCCGACUUCCUACAAGGACUGCGACGCUCUAAUCAUGCAUCGCCUCAGGCACAUCGAGGGGAAGCACUGGCCGUGUCUGCUCUGCAGUAAGACGUUCUUUCGACUGAGAAAUGUAAGAAACCACAUCCGCACCCACGACCCCAAGUUGUACAAAUGCCGGAGCUGCAUCGUCUCCGGCUCCUGAGGCAGGCGGGCGGUCCGCUCCAUCGGAGAGACUAAAAGAUGAAGGCUGUCAGUGUCUGACUGCAGCGAGCAGGCUGAUCGAUCAGCAGCUUGUACAUAAUGCAUCACACACACAAGCACAAGGGGUCUGUGGAAAAGGAAGAAUGACUCAGAGUCUAAUCAUUGGAGCUGUCAGUUAUUACUAAUGGUAUUUAAAUAACCCGACUAAGGUUGCCGGUUAGCAUCCACACAGAAGGUUAAACUUGAACAUUACACUCAGGGGGUGGGGGAUUGUGACGCCACGGUAUUUAACAUCACGGUUGUGUAUAAAAUGAAAUUGUAAAGUGAUUUGUUAAAACUAUUACCGCCGCUACUUUAAUGUUAUUUUUCUAUGUAUAGAUGAACUUUGAGUGCACUUAUAUCAUAGCUUAUGUGGUAAAAACCUAAGAAGUGGUGUUGAAGUUUUGAAGUCUACGGCGGGAAUACUUGAAGUGAUGGAAGUGCUGGAGGGAUUACUUGAAGUCGGGGGGGGGGGGGGGGGUCUGAGGAGUGAGACGGUCCUAUUGGGUGUUAAAAGUGGAUUUUUGUCUUUUAUGGUGUGCUAAUGUUUUUAAUCACCCGACUAGUUUCCCUCCUUUCUGCUAGUCUCUCAAAGCUCGAGAAGCGGAUCUUUGACUCUGGUCUGGUGACAUCACUGCAUGUGUAUCUGCAGCCUGUUGUAGUCCACUGUCUUUUCCUCAGUCUGCCUAUUUGAAAAAGGGAAAACCUGUCUCGUUUUUAAUGUGAAUUUCUGAGCAGUUACCCCACACCGAUGUGUCAUUACAAACUUUGAAUUGAUCUCCCCUUCAAUCCAAGCCAUGGAUUUCAAAUUCCCCUCCUGCUGAUUAAAUGCAAUGUGUUCACAUGAAGAGAUGUUUAUGUUUCACUCGUUGAUUUUACAAAUAAACAAGCUGUCUCUUGCUAUCUGUAAAAAGGCUGAA